AUGCUCCAGCAGACGCGCAAGAAGAAGGUCUACUUUCUCCUCCGGUUUCCACGUACCGGAUUCUUUAAGCUGCAGCUCUACGCUUUGCCUGCAAAUGACCGCAGUGAUUCUCUGCCCAACGUAUGCAAUUAUCCGAUUGAAACCUCCAAAUGCCAUCGAUUGCACGAUCAGGUGAUGCCCUUCCCGAAACAGGUUACGAUCUGGACUCGUGGUUGCUAUCUAAGGACUCCGACCGAGGGAAUACUUGGUUUAGGUGACAAUGGACAGUUGAGCAGUAAACCUCCGCAUUAUCUGCGCUUUAACGUCCACGUACCAAACGCCAUUGCCGUAGCCGUGGUUGUGGGUCAAAAAUGGACCCAAUUGGACUCUGAGGAUGACCGCUGGAAGGGCAAAGUAAACAUGAAAGAAAACUGGGGCAAAGAGCGAAAGCUGGAUGUUUGUGCUAAAUACGCCGCCAAAGACACCAACUACAGUACCUUAAUCGAGUACUCUCUAGCUAGUUGA